AUGGGCACCCUGAUCGACCGUUUCGAGGAACAUGACGGCCCCGUGAGAUCGGUUGCUUUCCAUCCGACACAGAAUAUCUUCGUCAGUGGAGGAGAUGAUUAUAAAAUUCGGUUGUGGUCUCUGCAAAGUCGCAAGAGCAUUGCUGUUCUAUCAGGCCACCUUGACUAUGUCCGAACUGUUUCUUUUCAUCACGAACUACCUUGGAUUCUGUCAUGCUCUGACGACCAAACAAUUCGAAUUUGGAACUGGCAAAAUCGAAGUCUCAUUGCUACUUUGACCGGACAUAACCAUUAUGUUUGGUGCGCCCAAUUUCACCCCAAAGAAGAUUUGAUCGUAUCCGCCUCCCUCGACCAGUCUGUACGUGUUUGGGACAUCUCUGGCUUGCGUAAGAAACACUCGGCACCGACCUCAAUGAACUUUGAAGAUCAGAUGGCUAGGGCAAAUAGUCAAGCAGACAUGUUUGGUAACACCGAUGCCGUUGUCAAAUUUAUUCUUGAAGGUCAUGACCGAGGUGUCAACUUUUGUGCAUUCCACCCAACGCUUCCACUGAUUGUCUCAGCUGGCGACGAUCGACUAGUUAAGCUGUGGAGAAUGAGCGAUACCAAAGCUUGGGAGGUUGACACAUGCCGUGGCCAUUUCCAGAACGCUUCAGCGUGUAUCUUCCAUCCUCACCAAGAUCUCAUCCUCUCCGUCGGCGAAGACAAGACCAUACGUGUUUGGGACCUUAACAAGCGGACCUCAGUGCAAUCAUUCAAGCGUGAUCUCGACAGAUUCUGGGUUAUAGCUGCCCACCCGAAGAUUAAUCUUUUCGCAGCGGGCCAUGAUACUGGUGUAAUGGUGUUCAAGCUGGAAAGGGAACGUCCAGCACAUACUCUUCACCAGAAUCAACUUUUCUAUAUCACGAAGGAGAAACACGUGAAAUCAUACGACUUCACGAAGAACACCGAAUCUCAACCCUUGCUUUCUCUUCGCAAACUUGGCGCGCCAUGGGUUCCUUUGAGGACAGUUUCUUAUAACCCCGCCGAACGUGCCAUCCUGGUUACUACCCCUGCCGAGAAUGGCACCUAUGAGCUUAUUCAUUUACCUCGUGAUGGUACGGGUGCUGUUGAACCAACAAAUUCAUUGCGUGGGCAAGGAAACUCGGCUGUAUUUGUCGCCCGAAACCGAUUUGCAGUUUUCAACCAAGCCAACCAGACCGUCGAUAUUAAGGAUUUGAGCAACUCAACCACCAAAUCUAUCAAAACCCCAGCUGGCACCACAGAUAUCUAUUUCGGUGGCUCUGGUGCUUUACUCUUCAUCACACCGACCUCUGUCGUCUUGUUCGACAUCCAACAAAAGAAGCAGUUGGCCGAACUUGCUGUGUCUGGCGUUAAAUAUGUUGUUUGGUCAAAUGAUGGUCUACAUGCAGCACUGCUCAGCAAACACAAUGUCACCAUUGUUACAAAGAAUCUUCAACAACUCAGCUCCAUUCAUGAGACGAUCCGUAUCAAGAGUGCCACCUGGGAUGACUCUGGCAUUCUGUAUUACUCCAGUCUCAACCAUAUUAAAUUCUCAUUGUUGAACGGUGACAAUGGCAUCAUCCGCACCCUGGAGCAGACUGUCUACCUGGUAAAGGUAAAGGGUCGACAUGUCUAUUGCCUUGACCGCAACGCAAAGCCACAGAUAUUCGAAAUUGACCCCACGGAGUUCCGUUUCAAGAGCGCAUUGGUAAAGAGGAAUUAUGACGAAAUGCUUCAUCUUAUCAAAACCUCCAGCUUGGUAGGUCAAAGUAUCAUUUCAUAUCUCCAGAAGAAAGGAUACCCAGAGAUUGCUUUGCAGUUUGUUCAAGACCCUCAAACUCGUUUCGAAUUGGCCAUUGAGUGUGGCAACUUGGAGGUUGCUAUCGAGACAGCCAAGGAGAUUGACCGUCCUAAACUGUGGAGUCGUUUAGCCACUGAGGCACUGGCUCACGGCAACCACCAGACUGUUGAAAUGACAUACCAAAAACAGAGACUGUUUGACAAACUCUCCUUCUUGUAUCUCUCAACAGGAGACCAGGAGAAGCUUUCAAGGAUGGCUAAGAUUGCCACACAUAGGUCUGACUUCACAUCUCGUUUCCAAAAUGCGAUCUAUAGGGGCGAUGUCGAAGACAGGAUUGAAAUGUUUAAGGAAGUCGAUAUGUAUCCCCUCGCUUAUGUCACUGCCAAAGCUCACGGAUUGACUGAAGAAGCCGAGUCUAUUCUAGAAACCUGUGGCUUGACUGAGGACCAAAUUAAGUUGCCCACUAUUGGUGAGACGCUUCGAACACCACUACCUAUUGUUUCUACGUUCAAGGCAAACUGGCCCACAAAAACUGCUGGUCAUUCUGCCUUUGAGAAGGCCCUUCUUGGUGAAGUCGGUGGUGUUGAUGAAGAAGAGACACCGCUUGACGUUGAGGAAGAAGAUGAGGCGGCGGUGGCAGCAGCAGGCCAGGAUUUGCUCGAGGAAGAGGAAGAAGAUGUUGGUGGAUGGGACAUGGGUGAUGAGAUCAAUGUUGAAGAAGAAAAUGACUUCGUCAAUGUCGAAAGUGCGGAUGCCGGAGCCUCAAUUUCAGAGGCUGACAUUUGGGCUCGAAACUCGCCAUUGGCCGCGGACCACGUGGCAGCAGGGUCCUUCGACACCGCUAUGCAACUUCUCAAUCGUCAAGUUGGUGCUGUUCACUUCGAGCCUCUCAAGCCAAGAUUCAUGGAGAUUUACACCGCCUCGAAGACAUACUUACCUGCCUCCACUGGGUUGCCUCCAUUAGUAAAUUACGUUCGGAGAACAGUGGAUGAGACAGACUCACGCAAAGUUCUUCCCAUUAUUCCUCGAGACCUUGAGACUAUUGCCAGCGUGGAUUUGCAAGAAGGGUAUGCUGCGAUGCGGUCUAAUAAACUUGAGGAUGGCGUUAAGAUCUUCAAACGCAUCUUACAUACAUUGCUCGUCAACGUGGUUUCUUCCGAAAGCGAGGUAGAACAAGCGAAAAAGAUAAUUAACACUGCCAGAGAAUAUAUCCUCGCCAUGUCGAUUGAGCUUGCACGCCGUGCACUUCCCACGGAUACACCGGAGAAUCUGAAGCGAUCGCUCGAACUUUCGGCAUAUUUCACUAUCCCUAAGUUAGAGGUCGCGCAUCGCCAGCUAGCUCUCAUGGCCGCGAUGAAGUUGGCAUUCCAGAAUAAGAAUUAUUCAUCCGCCUUGAGUUUUGCCAACCGAAUGAUUGCCAACGGUGGUUCGCCGAAACUGCUAGAACAAGCUAAGAAGAUUAAAACCCAAUGCGAACGCAACCCGCACGACAAGAUUGAAGUGGACUUUGACCAAUUUGCGGAUUUCGAAAUUUGCGCAGCAUCUUAUACGCCAAUCUACGGCGGAUCUCCCAGUGUAUCGGAUCCUUAUACCGGAGCUAAGUAUCAUGAACAAUAUAAAGGAUCCGUGUGUCGCAUCUCGGAAGUAACCGAAAUCGGUGCACCUGCUAGUGGUUUACGGCUUUUCGUGUCGGGUUUGUAA